CAAAGGUGGAGACUCAUACCUCUCUAGCAGGGACCUGGCCAACGAAUCCAUUUCCGGAGACCUCAGCGGUGCCAUCAGGACGCAAACCAAGCCCUUUGAUAUGAGUAUGCGCGGCGGUCCUGUUCUCGCGCGAGCUCCCCUUCACCUCGCUAAUGUUCACCAUGGCUGUGGAAAAAGACUGAUUUUGGCAAAACCAGCACGGUCCAAAGCGUCCGUACCUCUAUCUCCCGAGCGUAUACACAACAAACGUAAGAAGAACAGCUCGUCUUUAUCAGAGCAGAGACAGAAGGCGUGGUUUUCUCUUCGUUGUUUUGCGCCUGGAAGAGCUGCUUUUUUCUUUUUUGGAGUUGAAGAUGCGAUUAGCUCUGGCGCUAAGCCUAAAAGAGAAUAAGCCGGGAGUCGCUGGAAGAAAAAAAGCGAACGAAAGAAAGGAUGCAGCAACGACAAGCACAAGAAGAACAGGAAGACAUUGCACGGCUGGACAGACGAGCCCGGAGACGAAGGCGACUUUUCGAACUCGGUGUAGAGCUUGCGAUGCUACUGCUAUAACUCAACAUGGCUCUCCACGCAGCGGUUUGCUCCGCCAGACAGCUCCCUCGCGUUUCUCUUCUCACAGCUUCCUUCAGCAACAUUUCCCUACAAGCAACCCGAUCUUUCUCUACGACCCUGCCGAUACAGCGGGCGGCGACUCUUCCUGCUGAAAUCCCCCCAUACCCUUAUGGUCCUAGACGCACCUUCAAGCAGGCGGACAGCGGGCUCUACGGCGGCGCUACUAUAAUAUUCGGAAACAAGAUCUCCAAGGGGCGGAACAAGGGCAAGACACGAAGAAUUUGGAAGCCCAAUGUGCGAAAAGAGAAAAUCUACAGCAAGGCCUUGGAUGAGGAGAUAGAGCUCAAAGUCACUCAUGGCGUUUUGAGAACGAUCAAUAAAGUGGGAGGGUUGGACGAAUACCUACUCGGCGACAAACCCGCUAGAAUAAAGGAAUUGGGCAUGUUUGGCUGGAAACUACGGUGGAGGGUGAUGACCUCGCUGGCAAUGAAGGAGAAAUUUGCGCUGGAGAGACAGCAGCUGGGUCUACAGGAGCCAGAGACGUUUGAACAAUUUCUGGCACGACACUCGGAGAGCGAGAAAAUCGAGGCCGCUACCGAGCACGAUUUGAGACGGCAGCAGGAGGCCCACCAGGCGGCUACACCGUUGACUGCUGCGUCGAUGGGAGAGACGAAUGCUCCUGGGCUCAGGACGAACCCGGCCUAGAUGUGAACUCGCAUCAAAUAUGUUCAAUGGGUUUUGCUUGCGGAGCGUUGGUUUGGGUCCUGGUUGUUUACUACUUUCCAUUGCUUGUAUAUUAGAGCCUCACUUUCAAAAGAACCUGUAUAACACAAGAUGUUCUAUCAAUCUAUCUAUACGACAAUUAGUUACAGACAGGUCAUACCGCAUGAUCUGUCCUUUAAACUAAGGUAUAAUGUCUCAGCGCUGGAUGAACCCGACCCCCAAAGUACCC